UGCUUCAGUUGUGAGCACUUCCUCUUCAGCAACGACUAAGGAAGUCAGCUAGCCAAUCAGGUGGAACCUUGCACAAAAUUGUCCAGGCUCGAGCUCAUCCUUCCACGUGCUACAGCAGGAGCAAAAGCAUGACGGCGCAGAUACUUUGGUCAGUGGAUGAUGGUGGGGUUGCAGCAAAAGGAUAAGGCCUCAUCACGCGGGCUUCUGAGCAAUUAGCGAUUACCGUGCAAAAAAAAGCAUUGUUGUUACGUGCCAUGGAGUGUGUGAGCAAGAAACGCAUGCGGCAGGCGAAGAGGAAAAGGAUUGACAGCCACAGUGAUGAACUGGUGAAAGAGUCCCAAAGCAGUAGCGACGUUCAAAACAAAGAUUUGACCCUGAGUGACCCCUGGGAGGUGGACAGCGGCUUCUCGGAGGGCAGCCCCCCGACCAGCGGCAGGAGUUCUCCGUGCCCGAGCUCUUCCGCCUCUGCCGAUGUCGUGGUGGCGCUGGACUGCGAGAUGGUGGGCACCGGACCGGGAGCGCGCUGCAAUGAGCUAGCCCGCUGCAGCAUCCUCGAUUACCACGGCCGCAUCCUCUACGACAAGUACGUCCGGCCGUGUCAUCCCGUCACCGACUACAGGACGCGAUGGAGCGGCAUCCGGCCGCACCACUUGCUCGGCGCCACGCCCUUCGAGCAGGCCAGAAAGGAGAUCUGUGACAUCCUCGAGGGCAAGGUGGUGGUGGGACACUCCAUCUGCAACGACUUCCGCGUGCUGCGCCUUCGCUUCCCGCGUCACAUGAUCCGCGACACGGGGGCCACGCGCCUCCUGGCGCGCCUGGCCGGCUUUCCCCGCCGGCGCCGCGUGUCUCUGAAGAUCCUUGCCGACAAGCUCCUCAACAGACGCAUCCAGGCGGGGAUGAGGGGCCACUGCUCGGUGGAGGACGCCCUGGCAGCGUUGGACCUGUACAAGCUGGUGGCGCCCGAGUGGGAGUGGGAGCUGCAGAGCCCACUGACGGACCAGCACCCGGCGACGAAAUACAUGCAGGACGAGUACUGGCCGGCUGACGACGACGAUGACGAGGCAAAUGCUUCCUAAUUUAUUCUCGAGACGUUCCUUACGCCAGGGCGUCGCCCAUGCGCUACUUCCAAAUGGCAAGUACGCCAAUUGCACACCUUCCGUGUCACUUGAGCAAGCCGGAGCGACUGGGAAAAACGGUUGAAAACGGCUCGGGUGAGGAUUUUUGAUGGCGAAGACGACAGAAGUGUUCCCGUCAUCACAAACAGGAAGUUGCCGUUGUCUUCCUGUUUGCGUUUGACUCGGCUAUUCUCUCUUUGGCGAUUUGGUUACAAGUUGUUUGUACUAUUUAAAAAAUAAAAGAGUUGCGCGACAAA